ACCUCAGUCUUCUGUUAUUAAUCCUAGGUCUUCGCGCGCAGUUCCAUAAAGAUUGAAACAAUAAUCUAAUGUUAAACAGAAAUGCAUAUGCAUAGGAAGCUCAGAGAAUCAAGCAAAGUCGUUUCAUGCAAUAAACGUAGCGAUACUGACAGACUGGCAACAGGCUUUGAAGACCUCAAUCUAAAGUUUAAUCAAAGACACAAUGUAUAGGAAAACGAAUAUCAUCUAUAGUUUUUUAUUUUUGCUUACCCUGUGUCUUUCACAACAUUGUAACUGCAAGAAAGUUGUGAUCAUCGGGGCAGGAGUAAGUGGCUUAUCCGCUGCUCGAGUGUUAUUUGAAAAUGGCCAAUCUGAUGUUACUAUUCUCGAGGCAACUGACCGCAUUGGAGGUCGAAUAUUUACAACAGAAUUCAAAGGUCAUAUGUAUGAACGCGGAGCUCAGUGGAUUCAUGGAAUGGGGGAAAAUCCCGUUUAUAAGUACCUAUCUGAAGAUGCAAAUCUUGAAAUUGAGAGUCAGGGUCGCUACUCUCAGGCAAACGACUCCGAAUUUCAGUACUACAGUGGAAGACCGUUGACUCCAAUUAUAGAAGAUUUGAUUUGGAAUUCUUCAAGUACACUUCUUAAUUGUUUUUUUCCAUGUAACUUACUGGUGCGAAUUCACGCAUGCUUUACGCAAACUUUUGGAUUAUAUUGGUUUGGAAAUUGCAUCAAUGGAAAAAGUGAGGAAGAAAUGGCUAAUUUGCCACUAGGAAGCUUGACAAGAAAAUUGUGGAGAAAAUUUUUUUCCAGACACUAUAGUAAACUUGGACUUACUAGAGAAGUGAUCGGCCCAAUUUUUACAAACGAAUUUGGAUUACUGGAGGUAGCUGUCGGAGGUCAUCUGAAUAUUGUAAAUUACCUAGCGUUGUACCAAUAUGAAGAGUAUGGUGCCACCGACGUGAAAGUUUUGGAUGGAUACAUGAUUUUGCCCAAAAAAUUGAGUAAAAAUAUCCCAAAAAGUGCAAUCAAGUUAAAUAGCAAAGUUCAAAGUAUACAGUGGAAUAGGAAAAAUGAAAGUGGCGUCGCGAUAACUUAUGUAAAUCAAUUUAACAAGGCUGAAGUAAUUCACGCUGAUAUGGUACUUGUGACGGUUUCGAUCGGCUGUCUGAAAAAAUAUCACAAAACUCUCUUUGAUCCAAAUUUGUCGGUAAAAAAACAAUCUGCAAUACAGAGGAUCGGUUUCGGUGCUACCAACAAAAUGUUGCUGUUUUACGAAAAUCCAUUUUGGGGCCCCGGAAAAUUUUCCGAAAAAUAUCUGUUAUGGGAUUCGUACGAUGAAUUAACUGCUACAAUACCCAAAGACGAGUUUUCUGUUAAAAGUCAUUGGUGUCGUGGCGUAUAUAAAAUCACAAGCUACAAAACAAAUUUUCUCAUGAUGUGGAUAACUAAAAAGACUUCGAAUCGGAUACGUAAAACACCUGAAAGUGAACUCAAACUGACUGUUACAAAUUUGUUGCGACGAUUUCUGAACAAUCCAAAAUUACCAGGUCCUGAUGAUAUCAUAACCACCGAAUGGCACCGGGAUACAAAUUUUCUUGGCACCUACAGCUAUCCGACAAUUGGACAAAUGUCAAGCCAUCAGAAAAAAGUACGAGAACCUCUAUACGUUAACGACAUGCCAAGAGUAUUUUUUGCGGGAGAAGCGUUGAGUGUAUCGAGGUAUGGCACGGUAGAUGGAGCAUUCUCGACAGGAAAAAGUGAAGGAGAAAGAAUCUUAAAGUUUAUACAUGGAUAGAAGCCGUUAAUAAAGCCGGUUUAUACUUUGGGUUAAAAUACUCUGUUAAUUUUCUGUUCCUUGUUAGUAUAAUCGCAUGUAUAUUAUCUAAUUAUAAUAUGCUCA